GGUUCUCACGAUUUAGGUUAUGGAAUCACAGCAUGUUAAAUAACAACAUUUCUUGUAUAUAACUAGACCCAAGUCAAUGGAAAAAGCCAACCAAACCAGCAGUGUCUCUGAGUUCAUCCUCCUGGGACUGUCCUGCCGACCUGAAGACCAGAAGCCUCUCUUUAUCCUCUUCCUCACCAUAUACGUGGUCACCAUAACAGGGAACCUCCUCAUCAUCCUGGUCAUCUGCUCUGACCCCCAACUCCAGACCCCCAUGUAUUUCUUCUUGAGGUCCCUUUCUUUCAUUGACAUUUGCUUCACAACAACCAUCAUCCCCAGGAUGCUAGCUAACUUCCUGUCAGAGAAGACCAUCUCCUAUGCUGGGUGUCUGACACAGAUGUAUUUUCUUUAUGCUUUGGGCAACACUGACAGCUUCCUUCUAGCAGUCAUGGCCUUUGACCGCUAUGUGGCCAUCUGUGACCCCUUCCACUAUGUCAACAUCAUGAGCCAUCGUCGCUGUGUCCUACUGGUGUCCUUCUCCUGCUCGCUUACUCACCUCCACUCUCUCCUACACACACUUCUGCUGAAUCAGCUCACCUUCUGUGACUCCAAUGUUAUCCAUCACUUCCUCUGUGACAUUAGCCCUCUGAUGAAAUUGUCCUGCUCCUCCACAUUUGUCAAUGAAAUUGUGUUAAUGAUAGAAGGACCUAUUGUUUUGGUGACCCCCUUUCUAUUCAUUACUUUCUCUUACAUUCGAAUCUUCAUCACAGUUCUCAAAAUCCCCUCAGCAGCUGGGAAAUACAAAGCCUUCUCCACCUGUGGUUCUCACCUCACCGUGGUAACACUCUUUUAUGGAAGCAUCUUCUAUGUCUAUUUACAGCCCCUGUCCACCUAUUCCAUCAGGGACUACAUAGCAACAAUUGUCUACACAGUUUUGACCGCCAUGCUAAAUCCUUUUAUCUAUGGCCUGAGAAACAAAGACCUGAAACAGGGCCUGAGGAAGAUGAUGGGCAAGAGGAAAUCCCAGGCAGCACCCUCUUGACAAUGGAAUCUGCUC